AUGGUCGCCGUGCUGGCCCCCAGGCUAAGCGUGGGCUUCACCGGGAAUGGUGAUGUCUCUAGUGUGGGCAGAGAGACAGCGAGUGUGGAAGGGGUGGGUGCAGGAGCAGGAGGCACAGGUGGGCGCAGCUUUCAGCUGGCACAGGUGUGCUGUGGAGGGGGCGCAGCCGCCUGGGGAGACAACGUGCGCCUGGUUCCAGGUGAGCGGGAGGCCGGCUGCUGCAGCUGGAGCACAGGUGACCCGUGUCCAGAGCCUGUGGCAGGGGACCCUUGUCCAGGACGCCCUGGGGGGUUGCAGACGGACACUGACGCCCCUGAUGCCUUGCAGACGGCGUGUUUCCGGGAGGAGCGCGACGUGCUGGUGAACGGGGACUGCCAGUGGAUCACCACCCUGCACUACGCCUUCCAGGACGAGAAUUACCUGUACUUGGUCAUGGAUUACUACGUGGGCGGUGACCUACUGACCCUGCUCAGUAAGUUUGAAGACAAGCUCCCCGAGGACAUGGCGCGGUUCUACAUCGGGGAGAUGGUGCUGGCCAUCGACUCCAUCCACCAGCUCCACUACGUGCACAGGGACAUCAAACCCGACAACGUCCUCCUGGACGCGAACGGGCACAUCCGCCUGGCCGACUUCGGGUCGUGUCUGAAGAUGAAUGAUGAUGGGACGGUGCGGUCGUCGGUGGCCGUGGGCACGCCGGACUACAUCUCGCCGGAGAUUCUGCAGGCCAUGGAGGACGGCAUGGGCAAGUACGGCCCCGAGUGCGACUGGUGGUCGCUGGGCGUCUGCAUGUACGAGAUGCUUUACGGGGAAACGCCCUUCUACGCGGAGUCGCUUGUGGAGACCUACGGAAAGAUCAUGAACCACGAAGAGCGGUUCCAGUUCCCGUCCCACGUCACAGAUGUGUCUGAGGAGGCGAAGGACCUCAUGCAGAGGCUGAUCUGCAGCAGGGAGCGCCGGCUGGGCCAGAAUGGGAUCGAGGACUUCAAAAAGCACCCCUUCUUCCAAGGGCUGAACUGGGAAAACAUACGGAAUCUGGAAGCACCUUACAUUCCCGACGUGAGCAGUCCUUCUGACACGUCCAACUUCGACGUGGACGACGAUGUGCUGAGGAACAUCGAGAUGCUGCCUCCUGGCUCUCACACGGGUUUCUCCGGGCUGCACUUGCCGUUCAUCGGUUUCACGUUCACCACGGAAAGCUGUUUUUCUGACCGAGGCUCUCUGAAGAGCAUGAUGCAGUCCAGCACCUUAACCAAGGACGAGGGCGUGCAGCGGGACCUGGAGAGCAGCCUGCAGGCGGAGGCCUAUGAGCGGAGGAUCCGGAGGCUGGAGCAAGAGAAACUGGAGCUAAGCAGGAAGCUGCAAGAGUCUACGCAGACCGUGCAGUCCCUCCACAGCUCAGCUCGGGGCCUGGGCGGUGUGGCCCGAGAUAAAGAGGUGAAAAAGCUGACUGAGGAGAUCGAGCGCCUGAAGAAUAAAAUAGCAGACUCAAAUAAGCUCGAGCGACAACUGGAGGACGCCGUGGCGCUUCGCUCGGAGCAGGAGGGUUCCGCGCUCCGGCUGAAAGGCCUGGAAAAGCAGUACCGCGUGGCGCGGCAGGAGAAGGAGGACUUCCACAAGCAACUGGUCGAAGCGUCCGAGCGCUUGAAGUCCCAGGCCAAAGAGCUGAAAGAUGCCCACCAGCAGCGGAAGCUGGCCCUGCAGGAGUUCUCGGAGCUCAGCGAGCGCGUGGCAGAGCUGCGCGCUCAGAAGCAGAAGGUGUCCCGGCAGCUCCGCGACAAGGAGGAGGAGGUGGAGGCCGCCAUGCAGAAGGUCGACUCCAUGCGGCAGGAGGUCCGCAAAUCCGAGAGGCUCAGGAAGGAGCUGGAAGCUCGGCUCGAGGACGCCGUGGCCGAGGCCUCCAAGGAGCGCAAGCUUCGCGAGCACAGCGAGAGCUUCUCCAAGCAACUCGAAAGCGAGCUCGAGGCCCUCAAGGGAAAGCAAGGGGGCCGGGGACCAGGGGCCUCCUUAGAGCAUCAGCAAGAGAUUUCCAAAAUCAAGUCUGAGCUGGAGAAGAAGGUCUUGUUCUACGAAGAGGAGCUGGUCAGACGCGAGGCCUCCCACGUGCUGGAGGUAAAAACUGUGAGGAAGGAGGUGCAUGACUCUGAGAGCCACCAGCUGGCCCUGCAGAAGGAGAUCUUAAUGUUAAAAGACAAAUUGGAGAAGUCAAAGCGAGAACGGCUCAGUGAGGUGGAGGAGGCAGUGGGCACCGUCAAAGACAAGUUGGAGCGAGACCGAGCCGUGCUGUCGGAGGAGAACAAGAAGCUGGCCGCCGAGAAGGAGAGGCUUUGCUCCUUCGUGGACAAGCUCACAGCUCAGAACAGGCAACUGGAGGACGAGCUGCAGGACCUGGCGGCCAAGAAGGAGUCGGUGGCCCACUGGGAAGCUCAGAUCGCCGAGAUCAUCCAGUGGGUCAGCGACGAGAAAGACGCGCGGGGUUACCUCCAGGCUCUGGCUUCGAAGAUGACGGAAGAGCUCGAGGCGUUGAGGAGCUCCAGCCUGGGGUCUCGAACACUGGACCCCCUCUGGAAGGUGCGCCGCAGUCAGAAGCUGGACAUGUCCGCGCGGCUGGAGCUGCAGUCGGCGCUGGAGGCCGAGAUCCGGGCCAAGCAGCUGGUUCAGGAGGAGCUGAGGAAGGCCAAGGACUCGAACCUCUCCUUUGAAAGUAAACUAAAGGACUCGGAAGCCAAAAAUAAAGAAUUAUUAGAAGAAAUGGAAAUUUUGAAGAAGAAGAUGGAAGAAAAAUUUAGAGCAGAUACCGGACUCAAACUUCCAGAUUUUCAGGAUUCUAUUUUUGAGUAUUUCAACACUGCACCGCUUGCACAUGACCUGACCUUCAGAACCAGCUCAGCUAGUGAGCAAGAAACACAAGCUCCAAAGCCAGAAGUGUCCCCGUCCACGUCCACGGCUGCAAGCACAGAGCAGCAGGAGGACAUGGCUCGGGCCCCGCAGAGGCCGCCCGCCGGGCCGCCACCCGCCUCGCAGGCCCUCGCUCUGGCUGGACCAAAGCCCAAAGCCCACCAGUUCAGCAUCAAGUCCUUCUCCAGCCCCACUCAGUGCAGCCACUGCACCUCCCUGAUGGUGGGGCUCCUCCGCCAGGGCUAUGCCUGCGAGGUGUGCUCGUUCGCUUGCCACGUGUCCUGCCGAGACAGCGCCCCCCAGGUGUGCCCCCUCCCUCCCGAGCAGGCCAGGCGGCCCCUGGGCGUGGACGUGCAGCGGGGCAUCGGGACCGCCUACAAGGGCUACGUGAAGGUCCCGAAGCCGACGGGCGUGAAGAAGGGGUGGCAGCGGGCCUACGCCGUGGUCUGCGACUGCAAGCUCUUCCUGUACGACCUGCCCGAGGGGAAGUCCACGCAGCCCGGCGUGGUCGCCAGCCAGGUCCUGGACCUCAGAGAUGAAGAGUUCUCGGUGAGCUCAGUCCUGGCCUCUGACGUCAUUCACGCUUCACGACGAGACAUUCCGUGUAUCUUCAGGGUGACGGCCUCUCUCUUAGGUUCACCUUCUAAGACCAGCUCACUGCUCAUUCUGACAGAGAACGAGAACGAGAAGAGGAAGUGGGUUGGGAUUCUGGAAGGACUGCAGUCCAUCCUGCAGAAGAACCGCCUGCGCAACCAGGUGGUGCACGUCCCGCAGGAGGCCUACGACUCCUCGCUGCCGCUCGUCAAGGCCGUGCUGGCGGCCGCCGUGCUGGAUGGCGACAGGAUUGUGGUCGGCUUAGAAGAAGGGCUCUACGUCAUCGAGGUGACCCGUGACGUGAUCGUCCGCGUCGCUGACUACAAGAAAGUCUACCAGAUCGAGCUCGCCCCCAAGGAGAAGGUCGCCGCGCUCCUCUGCGGCCGGAACCACCACGUCCACCUCUGCCCGUGGUCUGCCUUCGACGGCACAGAAAGCAACGUGGACGUCAAGCUUCCGGAAACGAAGGGCUGCCAGCUCCUCGCCACGGCGACGCUGAAGAAGAGCGCGGCCACCUGCCUGCUCGUGGCGGUGAAGCGGCUGGUGCUGUGCUAUGAGGUCCAGCGGACCCGGCCUUUCCACAGGAAGGUCACGGAGCUCGCGGCCCCUGGCAGCGUGCAGUGCAUGGCCGUGCUCAAGGACAAGCUCUGUGUUGGCUACCCUUCGGGGUUCUCUCUGUUGAGCCUCCAGGGAGAUGGGCAGGCCCUGCCGCUGGUAAAUCCCCAUGACCCCUCGCUUGCGUUCCUCUCACAGCAGUCUUUUGACGCCCUUUGUGCUGUGGAGCUCAAAAGCGAGGAGUACCUGCUUUGCUUCAGCCACAUGGGACUGUACGUGGACCCACAAGGCCGGAGGUCGCGCACGCAGGAGCUCAUGUGGCCUGCGGUGCCUGUUGCCUGUAGUUGCAGCCCCUCGCACGUCACGGUGUACAGCGAGUACGGGGUGGACGUCUUCGACGUGUGCACCAUGGAGUGGGUGCAGACCAUCGGCCUGCGGAGGAUAAGACCGCUGAACACGGAGGGCACCCUCAACCUGCUCAACUGUGAGCCUCCCCGCCUCAUCUACUUCAAGAGCAAGUUCUCGGGAACCGUGCUCAAUGUGCCCGACACCUCGGACAACAGCCGGAAGCAGAUGCUGCGGACCCGGAGCAAGAGGCGGUUCGUCUUCAAGGUGCCGGAGGAGGAGAGGCUGCAGCAGCGGCGGGAGAUGCUUAGAGACCCAGAACUUGAGAUCCAGGAUGAUUUCCAACCCCGAACCAACUUCAACCACGUGGCCCACAUGGGCCCGGGCGACGGGAAUGCAGGGUGCUCAUGGCCGGAUUCCGAUUCCACCAAACACUCAACUCCUUCCAACAGCUCCAACCCCAGCGGCCCGCCAAGCCCCACCUCCCCCCACAGGAGCCAGCUCCCCCUUGAAGGCCUGGAGCCGCCGGCCUACGACGCCUGA